AUGUUUUUGCCCAAGUACACACAAGUUGCAUCAUUAACACGGGCCAAUCUAUUAUGUCGUCUUCUACCUCUUACCAAAAUAAGGAAGGUGUCAUAUGAUGGGACCCCAAGCUCUCUGGCACAUUCGGAGGCAAACAAUGACAUUCUGUCAGAUAAUAUAGAGACGGUCAAGCUAGCCUAUGAUAAGCAUUCUCCUCCUGGUGUGUUCAGUUCGGCAAAUCCACCUAUUGUGUUUCUACAUGGAUUAUUUGGCUGCAAGAGUAAUAACCGGACGGUAUCGAAAAAACUAGCAUUGAUGUUGGACAGAGAUGUGUACUGCCUUGAUCUCAGAAACCACGGCGCUUCUCCACACAUCGGCAGAAUGGACUAUCCGGCAAUGGGGGCUGAUGUUGAGAGAUUCAUCAAAGACCACGAGUUGAAAAAUCCCAUUCUUAUAGGCCACUCAAUGGGUGCCAAAGCUGCAAUGGCAGUGUGCCUCCGUAAACCAAAAUUGUGCUCGUUACUCAUACCUGUUGAUAAUGCACCUGUUGACUUCACGGCGGGUGCAACAGGUUUCUCAAAGUUUGGCAUGUAUGUCAGGCAAUUGCAGAAAAUAGAAGCCAACAGAAGUCUCAAGUCUCUGAGAGAAUGUGACAGUGUACUUGCAGAAGUUGAAAGCAAUAAAGUCAUCAGGCAGUUUCUUUUGAUGAACAUGAAGCCAAGUAAAGAUGGUGGGUACAGAUGUGUGGUGGCACUUGAUGUUCUGGCAAAAACACUAGACAAUGUUUCUGCCUGGCCUUUCAAUAGUGAUUAUAGCAGGUGGUCUAAGCCAGCCUUGUUUAUCCGGGGAAAGAAGUCACCCUAUGUGGCAGACAACUUUCUCAAUAGUAUAGCCAAGUUUUUCCCGAGGUUUGAGGUCUACGAUGUGGAUGCGGGCCACUGGUUAAUCAGUGAAAAGCCACAUGAGUUUGUUACUGCGGUUGCAGAAUGGAUAAGCUACAAGGAAGACAUUUCUUGA